AGUUGACACUUCUGAUUUCUAAACGUUGGAUUUGCAGUUCACGUCAAAUGUCAUUCUCUGUUUGAUUUCCUUUUCAAAAAAUUGACACAACAAAAUGUCUAAGAGAGGACGUGGAGGUUCCGCGGGAGCGAAGUUCCGUAUCUCCCUGGGUCUCCCAGUCGGAGCCGUCAUCAACUGCGCCGAUAAUACAGGAGCCAAGAAUCUGUAUGUGAUUGCCGUGCAGGGAAUCAAGGGUCGCCUGAACAGGCUGCCCGCCGCUGGUUCAGGAGACAUGAUUGUCGCCACCGUCAAGAAGGGUAAACCCGAACUCAGGAAAAAGGUAAUGCCUGCGGUGGUGAUUCGGCAGCGGAAACCUUUCAGAAGGCGGGACGGGGUGUUUAUAUACUUUGAGGACAAUGCAGGGGUCAUAGUGAAUAACAAAGGUGAAAUGAAAGGAUCAGCCAUCACAGGACCCGUCGCUAAGGAGUGUGCAGACUUAUGGCCCCGUAUAGCAUCCAACGCAAGCUCUAUAGCUUAAACUUAAUAUAUGGCUAAGAAAAA